GCUCUAACUGUGCUAAUCUUCUUUUAGAGAUGCAGGCGCAUUUCCCCUUCCACGCCCCCUCUCUGUAACUUGUGAUUCCAGAGCUAUGGGAAAUAUGCAUGCUCUUUCCUUUGCUGCACCCUGACCCAGGAUUUAUGCCCGAUGGAACAGCCUCCUCGAUACCAGCCCAAUGACUCUAACCAAGCAGGAUAAUAGUCAAGAUCCUGCACUCCCACGAUUCAGGCCUUGCCAGAGUGGAACCCAUCAGUGGAAAAGAAGAAACCAUGUUGGAGUCCUUAGCUGGGGGAGAUCCCUUUGAGGCAGGGGAGCCCUCCAAGAAGAGAACAGGGCAGUUGGUUAUGCACAGCAUGAUCAUGUUUGGCCGGGAAUUCUGCUACGCGGUUGAAGCUGCCUUUGUCACUCCUGUGUUGCUGACUGUGGGGCUCCCCAAAAGCCUUUAUAGCUUUGUAUGGCUCAUCAGCCCCAUCCUGGGUUUCCUGCUGCAGCCGGUGGUGGGUUCAGCCAGCGACCACUGCACUUCUAGGUGGGGCAAACGAAGACCUUUUAUCUUGACCUUUGGCAUUCUGAUGCUCCUGGGGAUGGCUUUGUACCUCAAUGGAGAUACCGUCAUCUCAGUUCUGGUGGCUGAUCGAGGCACUUGGAAGAUGUGGGCUAUAAUUAUUACCAUGCUGGGAAUUGUGCUGUUUGAUUUUGCUGCUGAUUUUAUUGAUGGUCCCAUCAAGGCAUAUUUAUUUGAUGCCUGCACUCACCAGGACAAGCAGAAGGGGCUCCAUUAUCACGCGCUCCUGACAG